AUGCUGCGGGAAGGGCAGCAUCCGAAUAUUCCGUCUCCGAUCAUUCUAGCUGUGAUUUGUAUUCAUUUUUUGCUUGUAUUUAGGCUUUUUUCGAUCAACAUUGGCAUUCCAUUCUAUGUUCCGAACGAAUACUUUCUAUUUGUAACGCCAACGGUAUUUUCUUCUUCGCUGAGGGAAAAAAUGCUCUCCCUCAAAAGCUCUCUUGAUUCCAUAAUUUCAUAUACUCCUAAAUACACCCCUAGUCUUUUGACAGGCAGCAAUUCUGUUUUGCUGGUAAUUGGGAGGAAAUCUUCUGGAAAGACAUUCAUUGCAAAAGAGUAUUUCUCUAAAUAUGCCUACUAUUGCUUUGUAUGCAUCAAUGAUGGCAGUUGCUCCCAAUCGAAUUUUAUAAAAGGGAUCACCGCUCCAAAGGACAGGAAUAUUAUUAUAGAUGGUAAUUUUUCGCUAAAAAUCCGCAGAAAGCUUUUUCUAAAGAAUUUGAAGAGUUUGGGUCGAAACAUUUGCGCUGUUGUCAUUAUGACACCUGCAGAAAUUUGCUCCAAUAUUUUUACAUACAAUAGGUUGAUCAAAGGAACAUCGGGCUUCCCACGGCGGAAAACCCUCCUUCCAAGCUUGGAUCUCGAAAUGCCCACCCUAGAUGAAGGAUUUAGUGAGAUCAUUGAAUUUCCAUUAUAUUUCGAGGCCUCGAAAAUUAAACAUCCCGAUUUAUUUACUUGCAUUUUAAGUUAA